AAAGUGUUGGACAGAGGGAUGCACUGAACGCAUGCGCUAUCCUUCAUAUCCGAUACUCAAUCACUUCCUUUGCAUUUGUGUCUCAAACGUGACCAACAGUUAUGCCGACUAAACACGUGGUGGAGAUCGGGAGGGUAGCGGUGGUGCACUUCGGGCCGUUCGCCGGCAAGACGGCGGCCAUCGUGGACGUGAUUGACCAGAACAGGGCUCUCAUCGACGGACCCGUGACUGGUGUCGCCCGACAGGCCAUUCAGUUCAAGCGCUUACGUCUCACGCAGUUCCGCAUCCGUAUCCCAAACGGCACGUCAUCGGCAGUGGUGGCCAAAGCCUGGAAUAAGGACGACAUCACCACUAAGUGGACGCAAACACAACAGGCCAAGAGGUUGGCCGCCACGCAAGUGAAGCGACAGAUGACUGAUUUCGAUCGAUUCAAACUCUAUAAAUUGAAACAAAGGGUGAAUCGUGCCGUCAAUCGUAAGUUCGUAGUCCUUAAGGCCAAGGCUUCAAAAGAUUUGAAGGAAAAGCGCCAGAAAUUGGAGAAAAAGGAAAAGAAGCCGAAGAAGAAAACGACAAAAAAGCCCAAAACAGUUAAGAAGGCCAGUCUAUUGGGUAAUGGUUUGGCUUUGGGUGUAUUGCUGUCACUGUUGGGCACAACCGACUGGUCCACCAGUUUUGGUCUCUAUUUAGUGGUUUUAUCUUCAUUUCAUUUCAGCGAAUAUAUGGUCACAUCCGUCAUAAACCCUCACUCAUUAUCUUUGGACUCAUUCCUCCUGAACCACAGCAAAGAGUACGGCUUAGCCGCUGCCGCAGCGUUCUUGGAGUUCACGAUUGAGUCCUAUUUGUGGCCACAAAUGAAAAGCAAUUUCUGGAUCAUUAUAUCUGGUCUUAGUUUAUGUCUAAUCGGGGAACUGUUGAGGAAGGGGGCGAUGCUUACGGCCAGAAGUAAUUUCAAUCAUAUCGUACAACACCGGCGCCAAGACGGACACGUUCUCGUCACUCAUGGCAUAUAUGCCUUCUGUAGACAUCCCUCUUAUGUCGGAUGGUUUUACUGGUCGAUCGGCACUCAAAUAAUUCUAAUGAAUCCCAUUUGUUGUGUGGGAUAUGCGGUCAUGAGUUGGCUAUUCUUCAGAGACCGCAUAUAUCACGAAGAGAUCACUUUAUUGAACUUCUUUGGCGAUGAGUACCUUAAAUAUAAACAAAGGGUCGGAACAGGUCUUCCAUUCAUAACCGGAUACCGAUUCCAACUUUAAUUGUAAUUUCAAAUAAGUUUUGAAGAAUUUAUACAAAAAAGUCAAAACAUAUCAUUUGUCUCUCAUGUGUGUUCAUUAAUACAAGACUAGUCAUUGUUUUACAUAAAUUUAUUAUAAAUUGUGAAAAACUAUUAAAUUAAUGAAUUAAGUAUGAAAGCAACUAAAAGCCCUUAACGUCCCUCAGGAUUGGUUGCGCCUGAGAUCAAGAGGAAUAUGACGACCGGCACGAUAUACAUCCACUACAAGACACCAUUCGUUGAUUAUUUGUAUAAAUAGUCAUAAAUGAUAGCAAAAUAAAUAUAUUUACGUAUUUAGCAAAGAAGGAUCGGUUGUCUGUCUUAUCGCCC